AUGACCCCGCCCCAUUCUCCCGCUUUCCAUCACCCCGCCCCAUUCUCCCGCUUUCCAUCACCCCGCCCCAUUCUCCCGCUUUCCAUCACCCCGCCCCAUUCUCCCUCUUUCCAUAACCCCGCCCCAUUCUCCCGCUUUCCAUCACCCCGCCCCAUUCUCCCGCUUUCCAUCACCCCGCCCCAUUCUCCCGCUUUCCAUCACCCCGCCCCAUUCUCCCGCUUUCCAUCACCCCGCCCCAUUCUCCCUCUUUCCAUAACCCCGCCCCAUUCUCCCGCUUUCCAUCACCCCGCCCCAUUCUCCCGCUUUCCAUCACCCCGCCCCAUUCUCCCGCUUUCCAUCACCCCGCCCCAUUCUCCCGCUUUCCGUCACCCCGCCCCAUUCUCCCGCUUUCCAUUACCCCGCCCCAUUCUCCCACUUUCCAUCACCCCGCCCCAUUCUCUCGCUUUCCAUCACCCCGCCCCAUUCUCCCGCUCUCCAUCACCCCGCCCCAUUCUCCCGCUUUCCAUCACCCCGCCCCAUUCUCCCGCUUUCCAUCACCCCGCCCCAUUCUCCCGCUUUCCAUCACCCCGCCCCAUUCUCCCGCUUUCCAUCACCCCGCCCCAUUCUCCCGCUUUCCAUCACCCCGCCCCAUUCUCCCGCUUUCCAUCACCCCGCCCCAUUCUCCCGCUCUCAAUCACCCCACCCCAUUUUCCCGCUCUCCAUCACCUUGCCCCGUUCUCCCGCUUUCCAUCAUCCCGCCCCAUUCUCCCGCUUUCCAUCAUCCCGCCCCAUUCUCCCUCCUCCCAUCACGUCGCCCCAUUCUCCCGCUUUCCAUCACCUCGCCCCAUUCUCCCGCUUUCCAUCACCCCGCCCCAUUCUCCCGCUUUCCAUCACCCCGCCCCAUUCUUCCGCUUUCCAUCACCCCGCCCCAUUCUCCCGCUUUCCAUCACCCCGCCCCAUUCUCCCACUUUCCAUCACCCCGCCCCAUUCUCUCGCUUUCCAUCACCCCGCCCCAUUCUCCCGCUCUCAAUCACCCCGCCCCAUUUUCCCGCUCUCCAUCACCUUGCCCCAUUCUCCCGCUUUCCAUCAUCCCGCCCCAUUCUCCUGCUUUCCAUCAUCCCGCCCCAUUCUCCCUCCUCCCAUCACGUCGCCCCAUUCUCCCGCUUUCCAUCACCCCGCCUCAUUCUCCCGCUUUCCAUCACCCCGCCCCAUUCUCCCGCUUUCCAUCACCCCGCCCCAUUCUCCCGCUUUCCAUCACCCCGCCCCAUUCUCCCGCUUUCCAUCACCCCGCCCCAUUCUCCCGCUUUCCAUCACCCCGCCCCAUUCUCCCUCUUUCCAUCACCCCGCCCCAUUCUCCCGCUUUCCAUCACCCCGCCCCAUUCUCCCGCUUUCCAUCACCCCGCCCCAUUCUCGCGCUUUCCAUCACCCCGCCCCAUUCUCCCGCUUUCCGCCACCCCGCCCCAUUCUCCCGCUUUCCAUCACCCCGCCCCAUUCUCCCACUUUCCAUCACCCCGCCCCAUUCUCUCGCUUUCCAUCACCCCGCCCCAUUCUCCCGCUCUUCAUCACCCCGCCCCAUUUUCCCGCUCUCCAUCACCUUGCCCCAUUCUCCCGCUUUCCAUCAUCCCGCCCCAUUCUCCCGCUUUCCAUCAUCCCGCCCCAUUCUCCCUCCUCCCAUCACCCCCAUUCUCCCACUUUCCAUCACCUCGCCCCAUUUUCCUGCUUUCCGUCACCCCGCCCCAUUCUCCCGCUAUCCAUCACCCCGCCCCAUUCCCCCACUUUCCAUCACCCCUCCCCAUUCUCCCGCUUUCCAUCACCCCGCCCCAUUCUCCCGCUAUCCAUCACCCCGCCCCAUUCUCCCGCUUUCCAUCACCCCGCCCCAUUCUCCCGCUUUCCAUCACUCCGCACCAUUCUCCUGCUUUCCAUCACCCCGUCCCAUUCCCCCUCCUUCCAUCACCCCGCCCCAUUCUCCCGCUUUCCAUCACCCCGCCCAAUUCUCCCGCUUUCCAUCACCACGCCUUAUUCUCCCGCUUUCCAUCACCCCGCCCCAUUCUCCCGCUUUCCAUCACCCCGCCCCAUUCUCCCGCUUUCCAUCACCCCGCCCCAUUCUCCCUUCUUCCAUCACCUCGCCCCAUUCUCCCUCCUUCCAUCACCCCGCCCCAUUCUCCUGCUUUCCAUCACCCCGCCCCAUUCUUCCGCAUUUCAUCACCCAGCCCCAUUCUCCUGCUUUCCAUCACCCCGCCCCAUUUUCCCGCUUUCCGUCACCCCGCCCCAUUCUCCCGCUAUCCAUCACCCCGCCCCAUUCCCCCACUUUCCAUCACCCCGCCCCAUUCUCCCGCUUUCCAUCACCCCGCCCCAUUCUCCCGCUUUCCAUCACCCCGCCCCAUUCUCCCGCUUUCCAUCACCCCUCCCCAUUCUCGUGCUUUCCAUCACCCUGCCCCAUUCUCCCUCCUUCCAUGA